UUUAAAUAAUAGCCGCCGAAACGCACCAGUGCCAGCUCAGGAUACAAUCCAACCCUCUCGUUUCUUAAACCCUAGAACCCCUCCUUUCUCCCUCUUCUCUCGGCGUCUCCCUCAGCGAAGAACGAGGUGUGUUUUGUUGAUUUCAAGAUGCUUGUGUUAUUCGAAACCCCAGCGGGGUUUGCCCUUUUCAAAGUAUUGGACGAAGGGAAACUCUCCAAAGUCGAGGACUUGUGGACACAGUUUUCUUCGGCCGAAUCUGCCAGACAGGUUGUGAAGCUAAAAGCCUUCUCCAAGUUUGAGAACACAUCCGAGGCCUUGUCAGCAGCGACCUUAUUGAUUGAUAGCAAGCCUAGCAGAGGUCUGCGCAAGUUUUUGCGUGCUCAUUGUGAUGGUGAAACAUUGGCUGUUGCUGAUUCCAAACUUGGAAAUGCAAUUAAGGAGAAAUUGCAAAUUGAAUGUGUUCACGACAAUGCUAUCAUGGAACUGAUGAGAGGGGUGAGAAGCCAGUUGACUGAACUUAUCUAUGGUCUGGCUGCUCAGGAUUUGGCACCAAUGAGUUUGGGUUUAUCUCACAGCCUAUCCAGAUACAAAUUGAAAUUUAGUCCUGAUAAGGUGGAUACAAUGAUCAUUCAGGCCAUUGGCUUGUUGGAUGAUCUUGAUAAAGAGCUCAACACAUAUGCAAUGAGGGUUCGAGAAUGGUAUGGUUGGCAUUUCCCAGAGCUUUCAAAGAUUGUACAAGAUAACAUCCUUUAUGCCAAGGCAGUUAAGCUGAUGGGGAACCGGUCCAGUGCUGCAAAGCUUGAUUUCUCUGAGAUACUACCAGAAGAGGUUGAAACAGAACUGAAAGAAGCAGCUGUGAUUUCCAUGGGAACUGAAGUUAGUGAGAUUGAUCUGAUUAAUAUCAAAGACCUGUGCGACCAAGUUUUGUCUCUUUCGGAGUAUAGAGCUCAGCUGUAUGAUUAUUUAAAGAGCCGGAUGAAUACCAUUGCCCCUAAUCUUACUGCACUUGUUGGAGAACUUGUUGGUGCGCGCCUCAUUGCCCGUGGGGGCAGCUUGUUGAAUCUUGCCAAGCAGCCUGGAAGUACAGUCCAGAUUCUUGGUGCGGAAAAGGCUCUCUUCAGAGCCCUGAAGACAAAACAUGCAACCCCCAAGUAUGGACUUAUAUUCCAUGCGUCUUUAAUUGGUCAGGCAGCACCGAAACAUAAAGGAAAAAUUUCUCGGUCACUUGCUGCCAAAACUGCACUGGCUAUUCGAUGUGACGCUUUGGGAGAGAACCAAGAUAACACUAUGGGAUUGGAGAAUCGAGCUAAGCUUGAGGCACGAUUAAGGAACCUGGAAGGCAGAGAAUUGGGUCGUUCUGCUGGAUCGGCCAAGGGCAAACCUAAGAUAGAAUUCUAUGACAAGGACCGUAAGAAGGGGGCAGGGGCAAUGAUAAGCACCGCAAAGGUCUACAAUAUUUCAGCUGAUUCUCUAAUCGGGCUGACUGGAGGAGCAGCUGUGAAAGACGAAGAAAUGGUCCCUCAUGAAGCAGAACCUUCUCAGCCUGAGGAAACCAGAGACAAGGGUCCAGUUGCUGAUGGAGAGAAGAAAAAGAAGAAAAAAAAGAAGAAGCAGGAGGAAGAGGAGGCUGUAAUGGAGGGCACUGAGGGGGUUGCUGCAGAGCCAGAGAGCAAGGAGAAGAGAAAAAUGGAAAAGAAGAAAAAGAAGAAACGUGCAGCUGAUGAGUCUGAGUUGCAGAACGAAGGUGAAAACGUUGAUGUAGAGGAGAAGAAGAAGAAGAAGAAGAAGAAGAGAAAGCAUGCAGAAGCUGAGGAAGAAGAAACUGAGACUCCAAGCAAGAAGGACAAAAAGAAGAAAAAGAAGAAGAAGAUGAUGACUCCCGAAGAUUGAGAAGCUUUUCAGGUACAAAGUUCGUGCCCGAGUAGAAUCCUAAAAAAUGCUAGGAAUCUUGGGCAGUUUAUAUAAGUGUUGCGAUUUGUGAAAAUUUUGCCUGAUUGGUAUAAUUGUCUUUGUUUCUAUGGGAUCUUGAAAGGAGAAACAAAACUCAUUUUGCUGUAGAAGACAAAACCCAACAGCUCCUGUUAUCCUAGUUGAUUUCUAUUUAGAGAGAGCUUAUUCAAUGAAUGAGAUAGGCCGAUUUGGUGUUUUACGACAUUGAAAAGACCAUAUUUUGGCCAUGUAUUGAGCCAUUAGCUUUCAAACACCAAAUUGAUCCGUCCCGAUUGGGAUAUAUUGAUGGUAACAACAUUUUCUUAUCCGAUUCAUAAUAUGUCAUGUAUUUCAA